AUGCAAGACUGGAUCAAAGUGACCCUCAUUCUGUGUCUCUUCGGCACUCUGAGGGAGAUCCGGCCUUCGGAGCCGUUUGUGUCUGAAUUCCUACUGGGAGAAUGGAGGAACAUCACAGAAGAGCAACUUAACAGAGAUGUGUAUCCAGUAGGCACUUAUUCGUACUUGGCACAGCUGGUCGUUAUAUUCCUGAUCACAGACUUCUUGAGGUUCAAGCCAGUGAUUAUACUUUCAGGCUUAAGCGGCAUUGCCGUAUACGCCAUAUUACUAUGGACAGAAAGUCUAGAAUGGCUACAAGUCUGCCAGUUUUUCUACGGCACCUACAUGGCCACAGAAGUCGCGUAUUUUACUUAUAUUUAUGCGAAGGUGGACGCGGCGAAGUACCCGCGCGUGACGUCAUAUACGCGCAUCGCAGCGCUGAUGGGCAGGUUCCUGUCGGGCGUGACCGCGCAGCUGCUGACGCACCUCGGCCUCAUGGACUACCGCCAGCUCAACUACAUCACGUUCACAGCGCAGAUCCUGGCCACAUUCUGGGCGCUGUGGCUGCCGCCGGUGCAGUAUGGCAUCUACUUCCACCGCCGGGCCUCCGUCAUCAACACGCCGUCGCUAGACAAACACCAGCCGGGUGAGAAGCGCUCAUUCGGCGUGGAGGUACGCGAAGCAUAUUCGCUGAUAGUGCGCCACGCGCGUGCCGCCUACACCCGGCCCAAAGUGCUGGCGUGGUCGGCGCUGUACGCGGCCGCGCUCGCGCUGUUCGUGCAGGCUCAGAUAUACGUGCAGCUGCUCUGGAGGGAGAUACAGACUGCUAGCGACGCACCGAUAGCCUACAACGGCGCAGUGGAAGCGCUACAAACCCUGCUGGGAGCACUGGGCGCGUUCCUAUCGUCCAUCUUUUCCCGCUUCUUCCUGCCGGCCCCCGUCGCGGCGAUACAGGGCGCGGCGGUCUUUGUUGGCACUUAUGUCACGAAUAUAUUCGUGUCCUACGCCGGGUAUAUCGUCAUGGGCACCAUGUUUCACUACACUAUCACCCUUGCUAGCGCAAAAAUAGCGAGUCAGUUGUCCGACGACAGCUGCUUCGGCCUGAUCUUCGGCAUCAACACGCUGGUCGGCACAGGCCUGCAGUCCAUCCUCACAUUAGUCCUCAUUCAGUCUCUGAUGCUGCCCGUAGCCUCCCAGUACUACGCACUAUCCGGCCUCUUCACAUUCCUCGCUACAAUAUGGAUUGUCGGAUGUAUAAUGCACGUGUACAGACAGAAACAAAGUAUUAACAUAUAACAGUAUUAAGGAUUGGUGGGAAUGGCUAAGUAAAAUGCCACUUUACUUAGAAAAUGAUGCUGACAAAAUUUUUAAAUUAUAGCUGUCAUUUUCUUAGCCGAAAAGGAAAGGCACCAGUAAUCGACAGGCAUAAUAUUUGUAGAACACACGUCAAUUUUAGGCAGAAAUUUAAAAAAACCUCUCCCGAAAUUUCAUAUUGGCCAAUAAUUAACCCGACAAAAUUAAGUUGACAGCACACGUCAAACGGGUUGCAUAUCAGCGAGAUGCCUAUAUAUUCAUCAGGGUUAUUCAUUAGUUCACUCAUUCAUUUUAAAACUAACAGUUGUCAAUCAACCGUCCCCUUUCGGCGGAUAAGAAAAUGACGCGUGUAGCAUAAAAUUAGUGUUGAUAGUGCAAUAAAUCUUAAGUUGCCUCGGGGUCUUCUUGGCCAUUCUUUUUUUAAAAACCUGUAAGGUGUUAAGGCUUAAUGAGAGACUUUCCAGGCUACGUUCACCAAUAACAAUAUAGAUGGCGUUGUUCAGUUUAAACCUUCCAAUUACGUAUUUUCUUAGUACUCUGGUACAUAAUUAUUCCAAAAUACAAUGUAAUGGCAAUUGCAGUAGCAUAUACAGGGUGUUAGUGACAUCGUAACGAAAAAAAAAAUGGAACGCCUAUUUGAUUGUACUAAAAACGAUGGUGGGUGUUUUUCUUGUCGCAAAUGUUUAAUUAAGAUUUUGAAUUUUUACUGUGCCGCAAUGUAAGUCGAACAACGCGCCACACAGACGCUAAACCUACGCGCGGCUACGUUACGCGUGCGCGUGCGUGAUACCUACGAUGUUGAUAUCUAGGUAGGAGAUUUCAUUCUCUUGUAUUUAGAUGCUUAGUGGUUCAACGUUUUAAAAUGUUGAGUUUGUUGAAGUAGAACACCUACUGCCACGAUUUUUCACGCACGGUACCUACCUACCAGUUAUUAAAACGUUCCUAACUUAUUAACAAUAAAAACCCUACUCUUGCCUUACCUUAAUUGUUAUUCCUUCGGAUGAAGUACCUAGGUAGGUACCCUAGAACAUGUCACGUCACGUAGGUGCAACAUCGCGUUUCCUCCGCGGUAGGUAGGUAUCACACGCACUCACAAACACAAGACCUUGCUCUUUAAUAAACAUCAACAAUCUUCCAUACUUUUGCGCAGUAAAUGGUCUAUGAUCUAUCAUCAUAGUCGACACUACUCAUUUACAGAAUAAAACAAACACAUAACACUCACAAACACGAAAAAAAUAUCCUCGAAAAACAUCACGCGAUUCGGGCCAAGCUUAGUAUUCGACUGAGCGGAAGCGCGCGGCGGCGUUGGCGCAAAGCAUCAAAGGCGCCGACGACGCGCCGGCCGCGGCCGAGUCGAGCCGACGACUAGAGAGAGAAGUAUGUUUAUGGUGCAAGUGACAGAGAAAGAAAUAGUAUCUGUUCGUAAUGCCUACUUUAUUGGCGCGCGUUGCCCUUGACCCGUGCGCCGGCUAUUCACCUGCCUGUGGUGCAUAGCUGAAGUUGUAGAUAGUUAUUAUUUAUUGAUGACAUUGAUAAAAUUUAAUAAUUAAUUUUUUUUUAUUUGUUUAUUUUAAAUGUGGGUUCAAAACACAAUAUGGGACUGAAAAAAAAUUUUGCGACAGGAAAUUCCACUUGAUAUCAACUCAAAGAAAUAGUGUCUGUUCGUAAUGCCUACUUUAUUUGCCCUCGAUCCAUGCGGUUAUUCACGUCCGAGUAUUCAUCAAGACAGAUCAAACAAGCCCUAACUCGGAGGUCUUGCGUCACAGGAUCUUUUAAUUAUGUCUUAGAACCUUCUUGGCCUAUGUGGUCCAGUGGUUGAGUUGAUGAUGCGGAGGGUCCGGGUUCGUAUUCCGGUGGGGACAUAUCACAAAAAUCUGUUUAUAAGGCCGUUGGUUAGGACGUUACAGGCUGAUCACCUGAUCGUCCGAAAGUAAAAUGAUCCGUGCUUCGGAAGGCACGUUAAGCCGUUGUUCCCGUCUACUACUUAUGUAAGUAGGUACGUAGCCGUUACAUGAAUAGGUAGGUAUUGUACACAGAACAGGAUAGGUUUAAUUAGUGUUUUUUACUGAUGAUUUAACAAUGAGAUUUAAAACCACGAAUAACUUAGUACUUAUUUACCUCGGUACCAACAUGUAACAAGAAAAAAUAAGAUCAAUCCUCUCGGACAAUUUUUUUCUUUGAACAUGCCGACAUUGCCUACGCGGCGGAGUUGCCGAACUAUCGAUAGGUAGAUUAUCAAUUGUUGAAUUUGAAAAUUGUCUAAACUAUCGAAAGUAGUGAUAGUACAUUUAGAUCGAUACUAGCGAUAGUACCGAUAGGUCUUGCUUUGUAACAAUAAUGGGUAUUGAUCUAAAAGAUCUAUCGAUAGGUACCUACUAUUGGUUUUUUUUUAACUAGGUAUCGAUAGAAUAUCGAUAGGCAACACUCUGGCGGAGUGUCCGCCCAAUUCUAGACGCGAUCUCGCUCGAUUUUUGUGUAGCGAGGUUUUGCGUAGGUACUUACAUACUAAGUUGGUGGAUGGUUGACGUAGUAGGUGACUAAUUACCUAAUCUGUGGUGGUUGUGUUAUUGGUUGUUAGUUAUUCUAAUGACAACAAAGAAUAACCAACGAACGAACGAAUUUGAAUACAAUUAUUUACUGUUUCAACUGUUUUAGGUAGAUAACGGUCCCGAUUCCUAUGAGUAAAUGAAUGAAUAACCCGGCCGAAUCAAAAAGGUAUGCAAACCGUUUGACGUGUGCUGUCAACUUAAUUCUGUCGGUUGUUUUAGAUUUCUACUUAAAAUUGACGUGUCCUUAUUCCAUAAAUUUUAUGCCUGACGAAUAUCCGUCCAUUUAAGAAUAAGAAUAAAAUAAAUUUAUAACUUACGAUAGACAGAGAAAGAAAUAGGAUCGGUUCGUAGUGUCUACUUUGUAGGCCGCGUCGCCGCCGCGUCGCCGCCGCGCCGCCGCCGGCGUGCGGAGCGGGGCGUGCGGAGUGGGACGUACGGAGCGGUUCGCGCGGCGCGCGGUGCGUGUGGCCGUUGACCCGUUCGAGCAACUCAAGGUCUUUGGAGCAACUGAUUGAUUACGAAUACCGCAAAAUUGUUGGCUCCAUUACAUUGAUGAUUUUCGAUAAUUUGUCAUUAUUGAUUUUUUUAUUGAAAUUUGGGUUCUAUGCAGCUUAAAGCACAAUAUGGAAUUGAAAAUAAUUAAAAACAAAACUCAAAAUUUCAUGAAUUUUGCGACGGAAAAUUCCACUAGAUAUUAACUCAGAAUCAUGGUCUGAAUUAUCCCUCUCAGUAUUCGUUACGAUGUCACUAACACCCAGUAUAAAAAUAAUUGUGCGCUUGAUAUUUGGAUCAUAUUAUGUUCCGUUUGCGUGAGACAGAGUACUGCGGCGCGGAAGGCAAGAGGGAAACCACUGCCCUAUUUCUCCCUAAAAAAGUAGCAUGGAAAAUGCUGUACCGACAAGAGCGUGGCUCUUAAAUUGAUGAUGAUGAUUAUGUUGCUACCUAUAUUGCUUCUCUUUAUUUUGAUAAGAAUUAUAAUGCGUGGAAGACGUAAUUGUGCCUGGGUGUAAUAAAAAGGGUCAUCAUUUAUACCCAAAAACAAAGAUGAAAGAUGCAUAUCUGUCAUCCAGGUCAAACGGAAAUAAAAACUGUACAGCGCCAUCUAUAGUGAUUUUGAGGAACGUAUUAGGGAAAGUCGCUCAUUAAAUUCAGAACGUUCUACAAACACCAGCGGGCUGGCGACCAUUAUGACGGCGAUACGGUUCACCACUUAUCAUGUUGGUCUCAUAAAGCUGUACGAAACGCGGGUACUUAAUUUAUCAAGCGAAGGCUGUGACUACCCCAAUGGGGAAUAUAGUAAGCUUGUAUUUAUUGAUUUAUAGGUUGUUUUAAAGAAAAGCCAGGUCAAGAGUAAACCGGCAAGCGUGCAUGAUGAUUGUGAUGAGAGUGGAAGCGAAAGUGGUGUGUCAGGGUCGUAGUAAGUGGAAUACCGUGAAACUCAAUGUGAAAUAUGUGCAAUCUAUGUAAUAAGUAUGUUUUGUACGAACUUUGUAUGUACUUUACAAACUCACUGUAGAUAUAAGACUCCAUAACCCGAAGACAUAAAAGUUAUUUAUUAUUAUUUUGUUUGGCUGUUGCCUAAAUUAAAGAAUAUAGUAGAAAGUCACGCAUAAAAUCGUAAUUUCUACUUCAUUUUAAAGUUUAUUGAAUGUUAUUUAUAUAUUUUUUUCACUUAGCACUCCCUUUGUUUUAGCAAAGUUGACUCAUUGUUGUUGUUGUAUUUAAGAGGGAAAACAUGUGGUUUAUAGUAGUUGGAAAUGUCUAUAAUGGUUGUACUUUUGACCAGUGCAAAUAACCUUAAGUUAUUAAUAAUGUUUAAGUUAUUUUUAGACUUCACUGACCGUAACAUGGAGCCCCUAGAACGGGAACGAUACUAAAGAAUAAAUAAUUAUACUACCUCUGAGUCUUCUUUAAUCUUUAAUGGCCGUAAGCCGCUAAGGAGUAAUGGGAAGAGCGUGCGGACUCUUGUCUUGCUCGUACUUAGCGUUACUCGCAACAUGGUGAGAAUGAGAUUUUUUAUAGCUGACGUGGGUGUGACAAUGCGAUAAAUAAAUCAAUUCUAUUUGUUAAAUAUCACGUUAAGUACGGUAUACACAUGUGGAGUACACCAUGUUACGGCAACAGUCUUUACUUAUUAUUAUGUACUUACCAUACUGCUUUGUCCAAUCUUCAUCUAAGCCAGCCACUAUUUUAACUACACGGACACAUGCUUACAACAAGGGUUUGCCUUAUCCAUAGCUAGUAUGAUAAUUAAAAAAUAGACUGUGAUAGUUUUUUAAAUUAUGGACAUAUAUAUACCUCUUUGACUAUAUCAAACAAAUGUUUUUGGAACUUUUUUAAAAGUGCAUAAAUGUAAAAUGCAU